CGAAGCUUCGGCACAUCUCCUAACAUCACUAAAAUACAGUUUCAUCCAGCUUUAUUUUGAAAGCUUCCUGUUGGGUUUCUGCCAGUCCACCUGGGUCUGCUUGAUGCAGGGACUUUAUAAACUGGCGGCGAAGAAGAAGAAGGAGCAGCGGCAGAUAAAAGAGGCGAAGAAGAAGAAGCCGGUCCUCCAUUGGUUUUGAUAUUAGCUCAGUUAGCUUAGCUUAGCUUAGCUUAGCUUAGCUCGCUAGCUGCUAACACACUGGUCUGUGUGAUGGAGAUAAACUGUGUUUCUGACGGACUUUGUGUAAAGAACAACCGAACAAUGUCCCUAAAACUCCAGAUGUUGAGGUCGUUGGUGGAGCAGAGACUAACUGCAGCAGCUGAGGAGAUAUUUGGACUGGUGGAAAGAACCAUGGUAGAGUACGAAGAGGAACUUUGUCAAACUAAAGAGGAAAACCAGAGACAAAAACAAAUACUGGACUCUGUUCUGAAUCCGCAGGUCGUGGCUCAUCCUCCAGAUGUUCAGGAUCUUCCGGUGUUGAAAGAGGAUAUUCCCUUUGAUCAGGAGGAGGACUGGACCAGUCCUAGUGUAGACCCAGACCCAGAACCCUCCCUCAUGAAAGAGGAACAGGAGGAGAUGAAGAUCAAUGACACAGAGCAGCUCAUUCCACUGUCAGAAUUCGCCUCCACGGCAGCGUUUUCUGAGUCCCAUCCAUCUGGACUGGAUUCACCACAGUCACAGAAUGCAUUCAUGUUUUUAGAUCCAGAAAGUCCUUGUGGAAAACACCAGAGGAUGAACACAGAAGGUCUACAGUUGGUGGAAUCUGUUCUCACCACUAAACCCGGUGGUGAACAAAUCAUAAACGAAUACCAUGAAACGCAGACGUUGUCGGAUGUUUCCAGAAGGAAGAUGGUGAAAAUACUGACAGCCGACAUGACCGAGAAGAACGGAACGUCUCCAUCCAGAGAAGUAAAAGAAAUGUACGCCAGAGGAAUCAUCACCUUAUUCCCCAACCUCAGAGACCCGUUGUCCAAGAACGGAUAUGAGCACUAUUAUGACGCUGAAACCGGCAGCGGAUACUUGGCCUGGAGGAUCAAAACCAUCCAGAGAUCCAUUCCUAAAGAGAGACGAGCAUCAGUUCAAGAAGCGUCGGAACUUAAUGGAGAUGAUGAUGUGACUGAAGUGUGUUCAGGUCCACGUUCUUCUAAACGCCAGAGGACGAACACGGACGCUCAGCAGUUGGUGGAAUCUGUUCUCACCACCAAACCCGGUGGUGAACAAAUCAUAAAUGAAUACCAUGAAACGCAGACGUUGUCGGAUGUUUCCAGAAGGAAGAUGGUGAAAAUACUGACAGCCGACAUGACCGAGAAGAACGGAACGUCUCCAUCCAGAGAAGUAAAAGAAAUGUACGCCAGAGGAAUCAUCACCUUAUUCCCCAACCUCAGAGACCCGUUGUCCAAGAACGGAAAGGAGCACUAUUAUGACGCUGAAACCGGCAGCGGAUACUUGGCCUGGAGGAUCAAAACCAUCCAGAGAUCCAUUCCUAAAGAGAGACGAGCAUCAGUUCAAGGUCCACGUUCUUCUAAACGCCAGAGGACGAACACGGACGCUCAGCAGUUGGUGGAAUCCGUCCUCAUCACAAAACCUGGCGGUGAACGAAUCAUAAACGAAUACAAUGAAACCCAGACGCUGUCGGACGUUUCCAGAAGGAAGAUGGUGAAACUACUGACAGACGACAUGACCGAGAAGAACGGAACGUCUCCACCCAGAGAAGUGAAAGAAAUGUACGCCAGAGGAAUCAUCGACCUCUUCCCCAACCUCAGAGACCCAUUCUCCAAGAACGGAUAUGAGCAUUAUUACAACGCUGAGAGCGGCGGUGGAUACUUGGCCUGGAAGAUUAAAACUAUCCAGAGAUCCAUUCCCAUCGAGAAACGAUCACAAUUUCGACAUAAAUCGAGGAACAGAUCAGAAACUAAACGUGUCCACGUGAAGGCGCCGAGCGGUGAGCAACCGGCCGGAGGUCCGACGGUCAGACGGGAGUCCCAGUUUGUUCCGGUGACGGUUCUGGGAGAAGCCGAGUGCAAGGACGCCAUCGCGCUGAUGAAACGGUCGGCGGACGAGGACACGGUCAAAAACACCAUGAAGCUGACGUUUGUCCACCGACGAAACCUGGUCCUGGAUCCCCAGCAGUCGACGAACAUCCUGUUGGACUUUCCCCGCUUCAGAGACGUCCCAGGCCUGGUGGAGCAGGAUUUCGUGCUGAUGUUUGGCGAGGACACGUCGGGGCGGUUUCUGCAGCGCUGGUCCGACAUGUUCAAGGCCAGGGUGGUGGAGGAGUGCAGGAAACUUGCGUUCAGCCCAGAUCUGGAAGACCUGCGGCGGUCAGCUGAUCCUGUUCAGUUUGGGAUAGAAGAUCACCAUGGUUGGGACAGUGACUUGUCGUCAGUUCUGAUGCUUUCACAUCUGAUUCCACCCACGGCUCAGGGUCGGAAGAGGCCGGGGAAGGUGUCGCCGUCACAAGCAGAGAAGCACAUGAUCGUCUUCAAACAGACCGGACCGUCCAGGAUCCUCCAGGACCACCUGGACUCCGUCACCGCCUCCCGUCCUCAUCCUCACCUCCUGGCCGUGGGGGACAGGAAGAGCCUGAUCCAGCGGUUCUUCGUCAUCGUGGACGGGACGGCCAUUCCCUGCAGGUCCAACUCUUCUCUCGCCGCUUUCGACGAGCUGUUUAAGGCGCAUUUCGUCUUCGGGAAAGCGUACGACGCCGUUCUCCACAACAUGUUCACCUUCAUCCAGACCACCGUGUACAACAUCGACGUGGGCAGAGUCAGGGAGAGUCCUCGGGUGGCGGAGGUCCGGGCCAGGCUGCUUCAGUACAUCUGGUGAUUUCAGCCGCGGUUCUCCACGUGUUCUCGAAACGUCAUCAGUAGAGACCCAUUAAAAAGUUCACACAAACCAAGAUCGGAUGGAGUUCCUGGAUGCACUGGUUGGUGACUCGUGUGGACUGGGCAGGAAAAUGUCCCAAGAUGCAAUUCAUGUUACUGUCAAUUUAGAGACACUUGCUUUCUUUUACCGAACUUAAAGAAUUGGGAAGUAAGAACUCUGCAGACCUGAUAAUGAGACACGUCUGUUUCACUGAGCCUGAGGUUGUUCUUUCACAUUUGAGAAAAUCAAACCUUUUGAAUAUAAAUGUUUUUUAGUUUUGUCUGGUGUGAACAGUCACAUGAACGUUCUCAUCCACUGAAAUCCAAGUUUUGGUUUUUUUUUUUCAGUUUUAUUUCAGUUAAUUUCAGUGGAGAUAACUGAUUUGUAAAACGAGUGAAUCACAAAAUGAGCUCAGUUAUGGAAGGAAUUAAACUGGUACUGUGAAGUUCUACUGUACGUUGUUGCAUCUCUUUUUAUUUUAUCUGGAUUUAUUUAAAGAAUCCAAACGUUCACUGAAAAUAACUCAGAAUUUUAUUUGUUAAAACUAAAAUCUUAUGUAAGAUUAAAACAAGUGACCUUUAA